UAUCCCUCCUACAGCUGCAACCAGCAGCCUUGUAGCGAAGCAGUAACUGCAUCCGUUUGUUCUGUGUAACCCAGGAGCACAUACAAAGCUUGGCUCUCCCACGCCACCCACUCAGCAGUUGUACAUUUGUUGUUGUUGUGUACCUAUCCGGCUAGCCUUCACGCUGUAUGUAGGUGCAGGGACCUGUUUAAAUGAUUGCUGUACGCAUCUGGUUAUUAUUUGGCUCCAAAUACUGCUGAGUUCUCUCACGUCACUUCUUAUUAACAGAAGCACGUAAGCAACACUGCAAAAUCAUGCUGUGUCAUCCUCAUUUCCAGCUGGGAUUUCUGGAACCCCUUCUUACUUAGUUCUCAAGUACGCUUACUGGACACAAAGUGGAAACGUUUGCACCCCCCCCCCCCCCCCCGCCCAUUCUUACUACGUUGUGAUCUACUUCAGUUGAAUGAACUGCCAACAACAUUUAAGCCCCCAAGAACUUUUGAGAGGACCACCUGUGGGAAUUUGCUCUAUUAGUAGACGACAAACUGGCUUGUUGCCUGGAAUAUCAACGCUGGUUUGAGUGCCCUAGCAAGAGCUAAGUCUGAAAUUAGUUUAGAACUGCUGCACUACAUUGAUGCUGGAAGGUGAAAACCGUUGAUUCUGAUCCUGCACUGGAUCCCAUCAAAACAUACGUGCUUUGAACCCUCAGUCAAUACUUAAUGCAGCGUAAACUGGGAUAUGUACUAUUGUUAAGAUUGUAAAUGCUGUGCUGAGCAAAACAAAACUUGACAACACGGAAGAGAAGGACAUUUGUAUCUUUCUCCUCAGAAUAUGUGAGGAAUCACGUCCAAUCACCUGCCUAAUGCAAAAUAAGUCGUCUCCGCAUCGUUUGCUUCAAAACACAGCAAAUAUGAAAAUACUGUUUGUCGAUUUCCAAACAAAUAUUUUUCCUAUAAAAGUUAGUGCCACAACCUUGGUAGUUUGCAUAUCGAUGGACGACUGACAAAGGUUUGAGACUAGAGAAGGAAACCGCGUACAUUUAGCAGCCACAGAAAAAUAAUCACGUCCCAAAACGUCGGUAGAUCCAGUUCUGAUGGACCUUCUGCAGAUGGACUUCGGUUCUGGGGCGAGCUCAGGCAAUGCUUCAAAUAACUCUGCAUUAGUGCCCUACACCUGGUCACUAUGUUCUGGAGAGACAGAUUCCGACUGGGAGUCCCUAGAGGGUUCCGGAUUGUCAUCCCUACAGAAUACACGAUGCAACAGCACCCUCUCCAACCGAAGCCCACCUUUGCUGGUCGAUGCUUGGCUGGUGCCACUUUUCUUUGCCCUCAUCAUGCUAGUAGGACUAGUGGGCAACUCUUUGGUAAUAUAUGUGAUCACAAAGCACAGACAGAUGAGAACAGUGACGAAUUUCUACAUAGCAAAUCUGGCCACCACAGACAUCAUUUUCUUGGUUUGCUGUGUGCCUUUUACUGCCACUCUCUAUCCACUACCCAGCUGGAUUUUUGGAGAAUUUAUGUGCCGAUUUGUCAACUAUCUGCAGCAGGUGACUGCACAGGCAACAUGCAUUACUUUAACAGCUAUGAGUGUUGAUCGCUGCUAUGCUACAGUAUAUCCACUGCAGUCACUACGUCACCGCACGCCAAGGGUAGCCAUGGCGGUCAGUCUGGGCAUCUGGAUAGGCUCUUUUGUUUUAUCUGUCCCUGUUGUAGUUUAUCAAAAGCUGGAUACAGGAAAUUGGUAUGGACCACAGACAUACUGCAUCGAGUCAUUCCCUUCAGUGUAUCACCAGAAGGCCUUCAUUCUUUAUACAUUUCUGGCUGUGUACCUCCUGCCGCUUAUCACUAUUUGUGUUUGCUAUGCCUUCAUGCUCAAACGAAUGAGUAGACCUGUUGUCGAGCCUAUAGAUAACAAUUACCAGGUACAGCUUCUUGCUGAGCGAUCAGAAGCCAUGCGUACCAAGAUUUCAAAGAUGGUUGUGGUGAUCGUCUUGCUUUUCACAAUCUGUUGGGGUCCCAUUCAGCUGUUCUUUAUAUUUCAAGCAUUUGAUGCCAACUUUAAGAGGAAUUAUGAAACAUACAAGAUCAAAAUCUGGGCACACUGUAUGUCUUAUUCCAAUUCCUCCAUCAACCCCAUUGUGUAUGCUUUCAUGGGAGCCAAUUUUAGAAAGUCAUUUAAGAAAGCAUUUCCUUUCAUCUUCAAGCAACGUGUUGGAAGUACUGGAGGCCCUAUUGUCAACAAUACUGAGAUGCACUUUGUGGUAUCUUCUGGAACAUAACACUUGACAUGCAGCAGUAUUUCACAGAUUUUAAGUCAUGUUCUGUGGUGUAGGUCUCGUGAUUAACAAGUCAGUUAAAUAAAAGUAUAUUUUUGUGGCUUGCGUUUUUAUUUAAUAUUGUAGUAAUUGCACAGAAGUUGGAAAAUCCCACUGGACUAUGACUCAGCAAUAUAAAGCUACAUUCAGUUCUAUGUUCUGAGGUUAGGACUAGCACAUCAGUGAGAAAUGGGACAAGUACUAAUGGCCCUGCACUCAGAUACACCAGUGCACAUGCAUUGUUCACAUAUGCAUUUUGUCCCAAAUGGUACUAAAGUAAUACACUAUUACAAUUCAAAAACAAUAUUCACUGCUGCACUGGUAUCCUGACUCACAUUUUUUUCCCUUCUUACUUAUUUAAUUGAACAGCAGUGCCCCUGGUCUCAAGUUAAAGCUGUGCUGUGUAAUAAAAUGGAGAAUUGUGGUUAAGGUUUAAAGAAGCAUCUGUCAUUGCAUGAUGAUUUUUAUAGAAUAUUUUAUACAUGGAUUAAUAAUUUGUAAAAAAGAAAGAUUAUAUAUAUUGCAUUAUUAUAUUUUUAUACCUGUACCCCAGAAUUCUGUGUAGUUGAUAUCAUUUUAAUACUCCUGUCUUACAAAAGCAUACAGCAGCUAUUAGCUAUACAAUAUAUUCACCUUUUUACAUCAGGAUAUCUACUCAUUUUUAUAUCCCCCAAUAUCUUCUUUCAAGUUUAACAAUCUUUUCUAUUCCUACUCUCACUGAUUAAUUUUCACAACUACUAUCAGCUAUCAUUCAAGUAAUCUGAAUUUUUUGUUAGUCUUAUACAAACUUUAAACUGCUACUUAUAAAACAUAUACUUUCAUCCAAUUUCUGGGAAAUACUGCUUAACAGAAGUAAAAUCAAACUGAUAUUAAUGAAAAAUAUGAGCUAAAUGACUUUAAUAACACUGCCAUUAUACGUUGCAUUACUGAAUGUACUGACUGACUAUUUACAGUGAGAUAACAAUACAGCUUUACAAAUUUUUGAGCAUUAGGAACAUUACUGAUGCUGAAAGGUGUUUUGGCAAGAUGCUUCUAUAGCCUAUACAAUGUAAAUAUAUUUUCUCAGACUGUCUGGAAUGUUGACAAACUGUGUAUUUGAUAACUGCUAUGUGUUCUCUGAUAAAACAAUACUAUCUGCAUGUCCUCCUUUAAAAUAUCACUACCUUUAGUUAAACAGCUGUUUUGAUUCCAUGACUGUAUCUGUAGCAGGUAUUUUGAUAGCCUACCAAAAUUAACCUGUACCUGUCUGCUCAUUUGUUUAGAUAAUCAUAAUGAUAAAGUGAGAUUUAAAUAAUGUCACAUGCUCUGAAACUUUGAAUUUUAAUCUUAACCCUGUGUUGGCAAGGUUGUUACUGAAUGCACAAUCAUCCAGUGAUGGACCAUGCAGGAAAAUUAUGCACUUCAUAGCAGCGUCCACAAGGACAAGUUACAGAACUGGUCUUGAUAUCCAGUAUUUCUGAAAAAAAAACUAUUUUAUAUAUUAUACUGAGUAUCACUAGCUAUAUCUACAGUAAUGACAAUUGAAAGAAGGUUUAAAAUGUCAUCUUGUGAACCAUGUCAAACACCUGAGGCUAUUAUGAAGAGGUACUGAAAAAUAUUACUUUUAAUAAGUUCUGUUUCUAGGAUAUAAUGUUGGCAACCUCUUGUGGAGAAGAGAAAGGCAAAAUACAAAAAAGUGUCUGCUUCCGUGUUAUUGUACACAGAUUUUGAAUCUGUUGCUGUGAUGUAUUCCUAGCAAUGAAGGCCAGUAUUUUAUUAUGUAUUACCUGUUUUUAUCAUUCUUUGCAGCUGUGAAUUAUAACAUGGAUCACUGUUUCCUUAACAUAAAGAUCACCAGAAAAUAUUUUAAUUAUAUUUUAAUGUCUAUCAUUAUAUGUGAUAAACCGAUAUUGUCUUAAUA